CGACUGCAAUUAACAUUAGCCGGCUGAAAAAUAAUGCGCGCGGAAUGCGCCGCUCGAUCGCGCCCGCGAACUCUUUCGACCCUCUCUCGUUUCGGCUCUUAGUUUUUUCGCCUCCUUUCCUUUUCGUCGCGAGCUUUCGCCUCUCCCCGGUUUUUCGAACGACGCGCGCGCGCGAGAGAGGACUCGGGCUGCUCGCGAGAAAAAUUUCAACGCGCGAGUUUAAUUCGGGAAGUAAUUAGUAAUAUUUUAAUUUUAAUUACCGUUUCACCGUAUAAUUUCUAUUCCUCCUUCUCUCUCGCGUUUUUCUUCCUUUUCUGCCAGAAAGGAUAAUUGUCCCGGCCUCACUUGCAAUAUUGCCGUUCCACCUCUCUCCGUGCAUCUCGCGUUGAUGAAUUAAUCGCGAAUCGACGGCCGAAUCACGCGUCUUCAUUCCGCAGUUUUAUCGCCAGGACGAAAUCAAGUUCACGUCGCGCGUGUGACGUUUGCCCGACGAGCCGGCGAUUUUCAACGCGUCGAUGUCGCGCGGGAGUUCGCGAAAACGCCCCCACGUUGGAUUUCGCCAAGUGUCCGGGACGCGAGCGUUCCUCGCGCCGAUGGUGCUGUGCUGGUGGCGGUCAAAUUUCAUUUUCGUUUCGCCGAUUGCCGAGUGAAAGUGUUGGGCGCGUCACGCCGAAAUGUGAUCGCCGAUUGAAUUGACUGUGAAUCGGGAAAACGACGUUCAUUUCGCUGCGAAUAAUAACGCUUCGCUUCAUGGAUCUUGGGACUCUGAAAGGGGGAAGAUCCCUAUGACGUGUAAAUUAUAGUAUUCGGUGGAUUUGCGAGAGACGUUCCUCUGUUCUAUCGUGUCGCAAUGACGAGUAACGUUGUCACCGAUGAACAGGGCGAGACGAUUGGGAAUACUGGAAGCAGACAGACUCGACUCGUCUCUGUUUGCCGAACGCUCCUGUGCAAGGACUGAGCAUAUCUGGGAACGCUUGAGAAGCACGUCCCCCGAGACUCCCCCGGCCAAAAUCACUCGUCUAACCUCUCCCCUGUCCUCCUCGCCCUCCUCCGCACCCCUCCCCUCCGAGAAAGUCUCCCAUCGAAGCCACAGGAUCCGUAACCUCGCAAUGGACGGCAUGGACAACAAGCCGGUGCUGAACGAUGAUCCCUCGGUCACCCUGACCAUCCGGCUGAUUAUGCAGGGGAAGGAAGUCGGCAGUAUCAUCGGGAAAAAGGGAGAGAUUGUCAAGAGGUUCCGCGAAGAGUCCGGCGCGAAGAUCAAUAUCUCCGACGGUUCCUGCCCGGAGCGGAUAGUGACUGUCACUGGACCGACCAACUCGAUCUUCAAGGCGUUCACGCUGAUAUGCAAGAAAUUCGAGGAAUGGUGCUCUCAGUUCCACGACAUCCAGGGCGGCGGUGCCGGUGGCGGCGGCGGCGUCUCGAGGCCGCCCAUCACGCUCAGACUGAUCGUGCCGGCCUCGCAGUGCGGCUCCCUUAUCGGCAAGGGCGGCUCCAAGAUCAAGGAGAUCCGCGAGGUCACCGGUGCCUCCAUCCAGGUCGCAUCCGAAAUGCUGCCGAAUUCUACGGAACGCGCAGUAACCAUUUCUGGUACCAGCGAGGCGAUCACGCAGUGCAUAUAUCAUAUCUGCUGCGUUAUGCUAGAGUCCCCUCCCAAAGGUGCCACGAUCCCUUAUCGCCCCAAACCCCAAGUCGGUGGGCCAGUGAUCCUGGCUGGUGGGCAAGCCUACACCAUCCAGGGUAAUUACGCGGUGCCCGCCCACUCGGACGUAAGUACAGUAUUACCAUUGCCCGCGCCCGCUGCCGGGCCCACCCCGCCCUCGCUGAACACCCAAACUUUGACGACCUCGCCCUUCGCGGCCCACCCCUCGUCCUCGGCCUUCGCCGCUUCUCACGGGCACCCGCUCCUAUCCACGGCCCACCUUACGACCCCACAUCAUCCUCUCCACCCGAACCCCUUACACGCCAGCGUGGCAGGCCUCGCCGACCCCCUGCUGAAGAGUGGACACUUGCAGGCAGCCCUCCCGCCCGCACACCUCGUGGCAGACGCCAUGGGCAAGCUGGGAAGUAACCCUCUUGCUGGAUUGGCGGCGUUGGGCCUCGGAGGACUUGCUACACCGGCGAACACCGGAGGUCUUAAUCCAGCAGCAUUGGCAGCGCUGGCGGGCAGCCAGCUCCGUACGAGCAACACGAACCGGCAGCAACCGGCGGCGAACAAUCAGACGCACGAGAUGACCGUGCCAAACGAGCUGAUCGGUUGCAUCAUCGGCAAGGGCGGCACCAAGAUCGCCGAGAUCCGUCAGAUCUCCGGCGCCAUGAUCCGAAUCAGCAAUUGCGAAGAGAGGGAGGGCGGAGCGACGGAUCGUACUAUCACCAUAACCGGGAAUCCGGACGCCGUUGCGUUAGCGCAGUAUCUCAUCAACAUGAGUGUCGAACUGCAGAAAGCUAACCUAGAGGCCCAAAAUACCCAAACCCCUGGCAGCGGUACCACUCCCGGGGCAUCCGGGGCCAGUGCUUCCCCUUCUACCACCACCACCACUGCCUCUCCUUUGGCCAGCGCUAUCCCCUUGGCUCAGCUGCUAAGCAAGCCAGGAGCCCUCAACGCCCUAUCUAGCCUCACCGCCCUCGGCGGACUCACGGAAUUGCUAGGUGGUGCUGCUGGCGCGGCUGCAUCCGCGCUACCGGUCCAGACCACCGGCGUGCACCGAUCACACAAGACGUUUACGCCGAGGCUACGUAGCCCGGGCGCGCCCGGCCCGACCGACAGCGGCAAGUUCAAGUCUGAGCGUACCAAGUACAACCCGUAUUAAGCAAAUACGGGUGGGAUGAGAGAAAGAGAGAGAGAGAAAGAGAGAGAGAGAGAGAGAGAGAGAGAGAGAGAGAGAGAGAGAGAGAGAGAGAGCGGUGGCACGAUGUUACAGGGAGAGUUACACUACGCUACAUACACACAACACAUAUAUACAUACACACCUUACAUACACCACAAUCGCAUCACCUAUAAAGGAGACAUUCGUGUUAACACCGGCGUAUCAGGUGCGCAACGGACGCCAGGGUAGCGACGUACGGAUCAAGACUUGGCGAAGGAUUGACUCGUCGAUUUUGUUACUAGAUGAUCAUACAAUCGUGGAGGCCGGGAAGUGGUGGAGGAUUAUUGAUUGUCUAAAUGGGCGAGUUGACGCAUGGCCGACGAAAUUUCUCUUCACGAUAUAUUUCCUUUUUGCAUCUUCUUCAUUCUUCAUGGAUCGGUCUGACCGAUACUCGCGCCGAUUGCCGCGAGAACGAGAGGGAUGAUUGUAUACCUCCGGGUCGUGCCGCAACUCGCCCAUGUCCGUUCACCUUCUCCGGAGAAUCACCGUGCCGAGAAAGAAGUUUUGUAGAAUCUUUAUUUGUCC